GCAAGACUUGGACGAGGAGGUGGUUGGGGAGGAACUUGGGCCAGUCUGGGGAAGGCUCUGAUGAAUGCUCUGCAUAAGAAGCAGAGAUAGAGCCAGGGCUCUCUGACAUUUCCUAGCUGCCUUUUAAGUUGGAGAUAAAUGGAGAAGGACAGCUGGGGCAGAUGCACGUAUGCACAGAGCUGUCUGGAGAGGAGAACAGCUGAGGAACAGGAGCUGACUCAGGAAGAAAGGCACACAUGGAUGCUGAAUGGCCCCUCUCUGGCAGGGGAAAAAAAUAGAAGCAAAAGGGGAGUAGUGGUUGCAGGAGACAACAGUUUGUAUUUCGUUGGGAAGAUUUGCAUAUUGUGGUUUAUGCCUCAGAGACUUCUUGCCAGGAAUUAAUUUACAGCUUUGCAACUGGAAGCUCUUGGCCUGGCAAUUAUCCGAGAACUGAUAAGGACUACCAAGUAUUUUGGCUGAAGGAAGGUCCUUUUGGUCAACGAGAGAAGCCAAGAACAAUGAGUUCACUAGAAGAAAUUGAAAAUAUUCAAACAUUGUUUAGCUACCAGCAGUCAUUUGUAACUUUCAAGAUAAUUUCAACUGCCAGUGAGCUGGGUGUCUUUGAUCUCCUGAGGGAAUCAGGGGAACCGCUGUCUUCCAUAACUGUUGCUGAGCGCUUGAGCACCAGCCCCAUUGGGAUGCAGAGGCUGCUGGAGGCCUGUGUGGGGUUAAAGCUCCUGACACUGGAGUGGAAGGAUGGCAAAGAUCUUUAUGAAAACACAGACUUUACCAAUCUCUACCUGGUCAAAUCAAGCCCAAAGUCUCAGUAUUAUUCCAUGAAGUUCUCUUCUGAAGUUCUAUAUCCAUCAAUGCAAUAUUUGCCUGAUGCCGUGAGGACAGGAAAAAGUCAGAUUCCAUCAAUAUUUGGCUCUCUGUCAGACAAGACUUUUGAGGUCAUUUACAGAUCAAAGGAAGAGUUAGAAUCCUUCUCCAAUUUCAUGAAUGAGCUCUGGCCUGUGGUAGGAAGAGAAGUGCUUUCUGCCUUUGACCUGUCCCAGUUCCCACUCAUUUGCGAUCUGGGUGGAAACACUGGUGGCUUAGCUAAGGAAUUGAUUUCACUCUACUCAAAGUGUGCUGUGACCAUUUUUGACCUCCCUGAAGUAGUGGAAGCCUCCAAGAAGCAUUGUUUGUCUUCAGAAGAGUCCCGGAUCACUUUCCAUGCAGGUGAUUUUUUUAAAGAUCCAUUUCCUGAAGCGGACCUGUACAUUUUUGCCAGGAUUCUGCAUGACUGGUCAGACGAAAGAUGUUCGCAGCUGCUACAUAAAGUGUUCCAGGCCUGCAAACCUGGUGGUGGUGUCUUAAUAGUGGAAAUUCUUCUUGAUGAAGAUAGAAGAGGGCCUUUAGCAGCCCACAUCUACUCCUUGUUAAUGUUGCUCCUCACUGAAGGGAAAGAACGGUCAACAUCCGAGUUUAAUGUGCUCCUCUGCAAAGCUGGUUUCCAAGAAGUUGAGUUAAAGAAAGGAAACCUCUGUCGUGUUAUUCUAGGAAGAAAAUAAUGUUGCCCCUGGUUCCUUCCUGUUCAAUGUUUAAGACAAAAUUGCAGAAUCAAAGUCUUGAUUUGUUAAUUAUAGAUAUAUGCUAUUCUUUUUCCAUGUCUACAGAUUACAUAGCUGAUUCUUUUCUUAUCACAAAAUGGUUUCACCAUAACUAGGGACCCCUGACAAUGGCUGCAAAAAUCCUGAGAACCAAUUCUGCACAAUAAAGAGAUAAAUGAAACUCUUAUCGUAUGACAAAAAAUAAUCUCCUUAUAGAUCUUUAGUUCUUCCCAUCCUUACAUACAAAGGCAAUCUUCUUAUACACAUUAAACCAGUGAUUCCAAACCUUUUUUUGGCCAUGCCUACCUAAGCAUCUCUAAACUCCUGAUCCCCUCCCCCCCCAUGACAUAUAAUUCUUACUUUACUCAAAAAGUGAACUCAUGCGGAAGAAGCCUAAAAGGCCAUUAACUUGGUUUAAACAAGGUUCAAAUUGCCCCCCUGUGGGGCGUGGGCCCCAUGUUGGGAACCACUGCAUUAAAUAACAGAGUACAAGUGAAAAUCUGAAGGGUCCAGAUCAGGACUCUAAUCCACACAUAUUGUUUUGCUAAUUCAAUAUUGACAGCUCUUCUAAAAAGCAAUUAAGCACCAGAAAUUCUGCAACAUACAGGAUGCAAUAGCUGUUCCACCACCGUUCUUGAUGAUUGGUAUGAUAUGUUUCUGCUGAUAUGUAGUACUUGGUUUUCACCAAAUGUGGCAUUAUGCAUUAUGGACAGGCAUCUACACUUUGGUCUCGUCUGUCCAAAGGAAAAUGGUCCAGGAGUUUGGUGAUUUAUUCAGACGUAACUUUGCAAAUCUAAGCCAUGCUACCGUGUUCUUUUUAGAGAGAAGAGAUUUUUUUCUGGCAACCGUUUCAAACAAACUAUACGUGUUCAAUCUUUUUCUAAUUGUAGAAAACUGUCAUGAGCUUUAACAUUUAACAUGCUAACUGAGGCCUGUAGAGUCUGAGAUGUAAUUCUUGGAUUUUUUGCAAUUUCUCUGAGAAUUGCACGAUCUGACCUUGGGAUGAAUUUGCUGGGACAUCUAGUCCUAGGAAGAUUGAUAACUGUUUUGAAUGUUUUCCACUUGUGAAUAAUCUUCCUCACUAUAGAACAAUGGACUUUAAAUUGUUUCAAAAUGGCUUUUUAAGCCUUCCCAGAUGAUGAGCAGCAACACUUUUCUAAGAGCAUUUCUGAUAGAUCUUUACCCUUCGGCAUUCUGUUAACAUAUAUAAUACCUUAAUGCUGGAAACCAGCAAACUCCUAAACUUUGGCUUUGAUAGAGGUAGUCACACUAUCUGAUGAUCAAUUAAUCAAGGGCACUUGAUUGGCAGCAUCUGGCUGCUACUUAGCUUCUUCAUGCCUAUGAAAGCAGUAAGGGUAUACUUAAUUUUUCAUGCAUGGCUUCUCCAUUUUGCCUUUUUUUUUGUAAAAUAAAUUAUGACAUGGUGUAAUAUGUCAUGUGUUGUUGUUCAUCUAAGGUUGCAUUUACCUACUUUUAAGAACUGCUAAGGGCCAGGUGUUUUUUACUACGUCGUGAUAUGUAAAAGCACGGAUCUCGAAGAGGGUGUAGUUUCUUUUUCAUAUGACUUCCUUUAGUAGCAAUAAUAAACAAAUCAGCAACAAACAGAUCCAUAAUUAUCUGAGUAUUUCUUUUUUUAUACUUUUCAUUAAAGCUUUUCAAUAAUAGAAUAGAAUAGAAUUUUUUAUUGGCCAAUUAUGAUUGGACACACAAGGAAUUUGUCUUGGUGCAUAUGCUCUCAGUGUACAUAAAAGAAAAGACACGUUUGUUAAGAAUCGUAAGUACAACACUUGAUGAUAGUCGUAGGGUACAAAUAAGCAAUCAGGAAACAAUAUCAAUAUAAACAAAUAAUUCCCUCAACACUGUCAAACUAUUUUUCUAAAUCUGCACUACUAUUAAUCUUCUCACCGUUCCCAUCACCCAUCUCCUUCCACUUAUGACUGUAACUUUGUUGCUUAUACUGAUAUUGUUUUCUGAUUGCUUAUUUGUAGCCUAUGGCUAUCAUUAGGUUUUGUAUCAUUAAGUGUUAAAUUUGUACCCUGUGACUAUCAUUAAGUGUUGUAACUGUUGUACCUUGAGGAAGGUAUCUUUUCUUUUAUGUACAUUGAGAACAUAUGCACCAAGACAAAUUCCUUGUGUGUCCAAUCACACUAGGCCAAUAAAAAUUCUAUUCUAUUCUAUUCUAUUCUAUUCUAUUCUAUUCUAUUCUAUUCAUCAUAAGGAUACAAGCAACAAAGUUACAGUCAUAAGUGGAAGGAGAUGGGUGAUAGGAACGAUGAGAAGAUUAAUAGUAGUGCAGAUUUAGUAAAUAAUUUGACAGUGUUGAGGGAAUUAUUUGUUUAGCAGAGUGAUGGCAUUCAGGAAGAAACUGUUCUUGUAUCUAGUUGUUCUGGUGUGCAGUGCUCUGUAGCAUCGUUUUGAAGAAAAUGAUGCAAGAAAAGGAAAAAAGUUAAAGAAAAAUAGAAAAGAAAGAAAACAAUAUAAAGAAGUGGUUUCUAACAUUCUUCACAGAAGUUAAAUGGACAAAUAUAUUUUAACCUCUCCAUUUUAAAUGAUAUAUUACUCUCCUUUCUGUGUCUGUUUUCUAUCCUAUCUAAUCAUCAAAAAUUACAAAUUCAUUUUUUUUCACGCAAAAUGUUGGUAAGAGACUUCCAGUCAGCAAUAAAUGUAGAUAGUAUCUUUUGUCUGAUCAGAGAAGUUAAUUUAUUCAUUUCAGCAUAAUCUAUCAACUUCACCAACCUUUCCUUCAGAGUGGAUAGUGUUGAAAAUUUCCAUCUCGACAUACAGUAAACUCACUGCUGUGAUAAUAUACUGAAAUGAUAUUUCAUGGCUUUUAAUUAUCUGAAUAUGUCCAAUGCAAAAU